AUCUUGGAAGAAAAAGAAUGUUAAGAAAUAACAAAACAAUAAUUAUUAAGUACUUUCUUAAUCUCAUUAAUGGAGCUUUCUUGGUUCUUGGACUUUUAUUCAUGGGAUUUGGUGCAUGGCUCUUAUUAGAUAGAAAUAAUUUUUUAACAGCUUUUGAUGAAAAUAAUCACUUCAUAGUAUCUAUUUCUCAAAUUUUGAUUGGAAUGGGAUCUUCUACUGUUCUUUUUUGUCUAUUGGGUUAUAUAGGAAUUCACAAUGAAAUUAGAUGGCUCCUAAUUGUGUAUGCAGUAUUGAUAACAUGGGCCUUUGCUGUUCAGGUUGUACUUUCAGCAUUCAUCGUCACAAAGAAAGAGGAGGUAUGGAAAGUAAAUCCUUUUCAAUGCAUCCUGUUAUUUGAAGUUUAA